AUGUGUCAACUCUGCGUCCUCAACACUAUAUCGCAAAGCUCGCGCUGGCCUAAACCACUCGAACCACUGAUCUCUGACUUGCACCUUCUUGUCAACACCGCACACUCUGAGUUCAGUCGCUACAAACCCUUUACUCCUUUAAGCACAACAGCCAAACUACACUCAAGCAUCAUCGUAACAACUACCACCACUCCAAACCCGGCAACGGCUCUCCUCUCAACUCUUCGCGACAUCAAAACACUGCUCGAGUUGCUAGAAGACGAAAGAACUACCUGGUGGAGCGGCAAAGCCAAAGAGAGACAAUACUGGAGAGAAGCCUAUCAAGAAGACAAAAUCACUAAGAUUAAUGUUGUCAACAACAAGACAAUUGAGAUGAUUGAGGGUCUCAAAGCUAGAUUGGGAACGUUCUGUCGCUGGAGUUUGGGGCUGGAAGAUGGAGUUGAGGGGCUUGAUGGGGUUGAGAAGGAGAAUGGAGGUGUUGAAAUGGAGGGCAAGGAUGUUCAGAUGGAAGGUUGA